AAUUUCAUAAACAGUAUCGCCAUAAAUGUGUAUCAUGUAUCUAGAAGAAGAUUACAAACGAUUAGAUAAACGUGUGUUCAACAACCUUCUUAGUUAUGAAUUCAGUCAAUCGUUACGUCUUGUGUAUUGCAUUGAUUGCGUUGUUCGUCGCAUCUUUCACUACAGCUGAGGAAAACUGUGAAAUUUCCGCAAACGAAUUGGGCAAAAUCGAGCAAACGUUAACUCAUAUCAAUCAACCAAUUUACACCGGAGAUGACGAGUCGGAAGUAAGUGAUAGUGAUCAGUGUGCUCAAAUGCUGAGGGGUAUCCACUUUCAACUUCGUCGCCUGACCCAGAAAUACAAACUAAUGAACAAAGGCUACGUGAAAGCAGAAGAAUUUGCGAAAAUGGCUAGAGAUUACGAAGAUCAAUUAUCCGUGCUUAAAAAUGAUUUGGAACAGUUGAAAAUUGGCGCUGAUAGCAGUGCGAAACAGAAGAUGCAAGAGCUCAAGAAAGAUAUUGCAACACUUGAGCAGAACGUUAACACGCUGCACAAGGAUCUUGAAGGGAUAACUGACGAGCUCGGGAAAGUGAGGAUGGAUCUCUGUUUGACGUAUAUGGAAUCGAAUCAGCUCAGCAAUGCGCAGGAUAAAGUGAAAACUCUUGCUCCCAAGUAUUUGAUGGAACUUGUGGAACAGUUUUUGAAUAAAAGUGAGAAAAAUUGGCUACCGGUGGUUGAUUUAUCUGUAGCAAUUCCUGAUCUGGAUGAUCGAGGCCAGGUAUACAAGACUGUUCACGAGUUUCUCAAAACAAAGAACCGAGAUGGAGGCGAAGAUUCCAUAUUGUUGGAAGCAGAAGUUUUAAAAAUGAAUGCCACCUUCCAUCCGGGAUCGAAAAUUACUGAAGAUAGGAAGAAGGAAAUUCAAGAUUUGCUGGAAAAGCUGAGUUUGACAUCGACGAAGAUAUUCGAUCAGUGGACGCAAGAUUUGGCCAAGUUGGAAAAUUCUGCUGUUUAUAAGAAUUCAAUAGAUCGAAUGUUCCUAACGCAGAUGGAGAAAUUUGGAGAACGUGUUAUGGCCAAAGAUGAUUAUUACAGCUUACGAAAUUUUCUAAAACUACUUGUAGUUUCAACGAAUUACUACAAAAUUGCUGCAUAUAGGAAAUUGAUUCAGGAAAAAAUUGGACAUACAUUAGCUGUACUAAUGUUCGAUAUGAUGUCCAUGGAAAGAACAGAACUGCAAUACGAUCCACACGUUCCUGACGAAGUAGUGAGAAUGUAUGACGAAUCGAUUACCGCGCUUCCUGACAGUUUAAAGAAUAUUCGCUCGUGUCUGAAACUAGUGAAAAUCUACAACCAUGUUACCAAUCAAUGCAUUCUAGCAACGAAUGAAGUAGAAGAUGUAAAUAAUUCAAAUCCAAAAUUCAAGUCAAAUGUUCUAGGACGACGUAAGCUAGUAAAAACUGCAUCAAACGAUUGCACGCCAUUUCGACUGGAACCAUCUGCCGACAAAGCUUCCAUAAGAAUUAUAACUCCCAAAGGAGAUGCACUGACAAACAUCAACUCUAUACAACCAGGCUUGAGUUGGUUUAACCGCGUGGGAGCUCCUUACACCAAUAAUCACAAUAUGAAGCUGGAUUAUAGCGCGGAUUGGAUAUUGGACGCAAACUAUGCCAAUGAUUCGAUCAAGAUCGAGUCGGAGUUCAACGCCUAUCAAACGAUGAAAAGCGUUGACCAUCUGAUGGUUACUAAUGUUGGUAAAGUUCCACAUGUCGUUGUGGCACAAUAUGGCUUGAAAGGAAUGGAAUAUGCAGGAGCGGGCAUGAAAGAUGCGGAAUGGAAAUUUAAGUGUGACAAUUAAAAAUUUAUUACGAACGGGACAAAGCUGUUAUUUUUGUUAAUAAUUAAUUAAGCUUCAAUAUCCUAUUAUCAGAUUGAAUAAAAAACACCCGCUCAACUUUGAA